GCGCUGAGUGAAACAGGGAGGGGGGAGGUAAGGGGUGGCUGGUGAGAUUUGUUUGGUGAUCAGAGCCAAUAGAAAGCUUAGACUUUGAUAAUAUCCCCAUGCAGUGGCUUAGAAGAGUCAGUGCUGAGUCUCCAGUACUCCUUUCACAUCUGCAACCAAAGCCUGAGGUCUUGCAAAGCAAGGCACACACUCCCCAUUCGCAGCUCUCUCAAAUUGAGCUCUUAUGGGCAUCUGCAGCAGCUUGGCUAAGGAAGAACUGAAAGCAGCAGGAGGCUACAUUUAAUCACUGCAUUGGAAUAUAUAAGCUCCAGGACAGCGGGAACUGAAGAAAACCCCUCAGUUCAUUCCAGGAUGAUCUGGAAACUUGUCUUUUCCAUUUUUCUGGUGGCAGCCUUCAUUAGAGUAACAGAGACCAGGAAAAACCGUCCUGCAGGAGCUAUUCCCUCUCCAUAUAAAGACAGCAGCACCAACAACUCUGAAAGGCGACAACACCUAAACAAAGAAGUACUGGCCUCUAGCCAGGAAGCCCUUGUUGUUACUGAGAGGAAGUAUCUUAAAAGUGAUUGGUGCAAAACACAACCCUUGCGGCAGACUGUCAGUGAGGAGGGCUGUAUAAGCCGUACCAUCAUCAACCGCUUCUGCUAUGGCCAAUGCAACUCAUUCUAUAUCCCACGGCAUGUGAAAAAGGAGGAGGAAUCUUUUCAAUCCUGUGCUUUCUGCAAGCCUCAGAAGGUUACCUCCUUCACGGUGGAGCUGGAGUGUCCCGACAUGGAUCCACCUUUUCGACUCAAGAAAAUUCAGAAAGUUAAGCAGUGCCGGUGUAUGUCAGUGAACCUCAACUCAAGCAAACAAUGAGAGCAAGGAUGUGGCUGCUGCUUGGUGUUACCACAUCAGAUUUGCUGUUGCCUCUCCUUUCCCAUGAGCACACUUAUGGGCUGGUUAUUUUUUUUUCUAUCAGGAGGCAUCUCUCCAGCAGGGAAGGAUUUCUGUCACUUGCCUACUGGAAAUAAAGCUUAUCCUGGGCUAUAUUAGGCACCUUGCCAUAAAGCUUCAGUAUAUCUAUCUCCAAUGUAAUCUUCUUAUUGAAUUUUUAAGGGUGGAGCAGGCUCCAAGAAUUUGGGAUUGAUCUUCCAGGUGACUGAUGGCUGAGUCUGGCAUUACCAUUUCCACUAUGUGGAAAAAGCCCUCUGCCCUACACUCCAGUACCCUCUGUGUGAAGAGGAGGAAUCUUUUUAUGGCUCUUGGUCUUCAGUCCAGAACUUUUCACUUUGAAGUGCUUGGUGCUGUUGUCUGAGGCUAUGUGAUGCAGAGACCGGACACAGUACUAUACUAUAAGAAAGUGAGAGUCUCUAAAGAGCCUGAUCGUGAUAAACCAAGGUGAAAUGUGGAAUGAUGAACUGUCCUAGGCUUAAGAGUGUGAGAGAGAAAGCACCAAGGUGGAGGGGGGGGUGUUAGGUCAGCCACCACACUUGCUUCAAUAGAUUGAAGAUAUAGUUCUUUGCUGUUGUGGAUAGAAUAUAUCAAACACAUGGUCUCUUCUGCAAUGUCUAUUUUGUAACCUAGCUAUAGUAAACAUCUGUUUAAAGUAUUAUAGACCUAGCCAUGUAUAUUUGUCUCUUGUGGUGGAAACUCUGGAGGCUAGAUUAAAGCUUCUUGAGGAAGAGACUUGGGUGCUAGGUCAGUCACCUGACUUGAAAUUGACAGAAUUCGAAUGGGCUUUCAGUAGAUUCAACAUUACUUUUUUUUUUUUUUUGAACUCCAAAAAGGACUGUGCACCAUCCAGUUAUUACUUUGUAUUUAUGCCUGCUUGGGGUUUGUGUUUCACUUAAGUUAUUAAAGCACCGUAGCACAUAAGACAGACUGUAAUCAUUGUUGAGUUGAACACAAAAGUUCCCAUACAUGUCAGUCAAGUUAAGACUUUUGGGAGUUAGGCCUGGUGUUUUCCAUAUGUGGAAUGGAAAUCAAGUAAUUUUUCUAUUGUCAGCAGACAAAACAAUUAGUAAAUGCCAUAAGAAUGUGUCACUGCUAUAGAAGUGAGGAAGGAUCGCUCACACUUCUGUAGAAACUGGGAGGGAAUGAGCUGUUGUAAUUUCUGAAGCACUGUUGACCCAUUUAAUUUUUGGUAUAAAGAUAUAAUAAAUCAGUAUUGGUAGAUUCUCUUAGUUCAUUUACAAUCAUACUAAGUUACUUACUUGGCAGAGUUUAGUGUGUCUGUAUAUUCAGUAGGUUCCAGUUCAAUUAAUUUUCUGUGUUUUUAAAGAGGAGAACUUUAAAGUAACUGGUUGCUAAUAAACAUUUGAAGAGCAUACAAGUUAAUAACAAUGACAAGUGUGACCUUGUUGCAUGCCUCAGAGCUUAGCACAUACAAUACUUCUUGUUCAAUUAAACCAGCUUACUAUGGAGCUCUUCACUGCCAGCUUCUUCAGAUAUGAUCACUCCAAGGGGUUAAAGUGUUCAGGACUGUUGCCAAAUACAAGUUUAGUGGCACAGUUCUCCAUUAUGUGAGACAGGCUGCUUUAAGAGGCUUACAGUACUGAUCUCUCCUAGAUCUCAUCAAUCGGUUUACGGGGAUUGGCACAGAGAGGAUGGGGUUGAGCAGGCAUGUUAUCCCUGCUACAUGAACAGCUAUGUUGCCUGUGUUUGUUACACAAUGUCAGGGCCGUGUAGGGAGACUCCUAGCACAGCACUGGCUUUAGAAGCUGUUGCUGUUGGCUGUAUGCCAGCCAGCCACAGAUUGGGGACUACCAAAUCCAGACUGUUGGACUUUAUUGAUCAAAAUGAAAAGGGCAAGAUAGGAAUGCCUGCAAUCCAUUAAGACUCCAGGGCUAUGAGACUACCCUUGGAGAAAAGCCACCUAAAACCAUGCCCUUGCAUCUAGGUCUAACUAGAAAAUGCCCUAGUACCUUCUUCAUUAUAUUAAGUCUAAAAAUCAUUUUAGGUAAAAUGUGCAAGGAUUCUUACUAUGUUUAAGCUACACCCAACGUGGGCUUCUCACCAGUUUGCAAAAUAAAUAUGCUGCAGCAUGAAGCUCCUCCUUGGGGCUUUUUAUGUAAAAACUGAGUUGAGCUUGUAAUGGUUAAAACUGUAUUUAAUUCUUGUUUUAUAAAUGAAAACAAAAUGAAAUUCUAUAAGUAUAAUGUAAUUAUUUUAUAGGUCUGCUAUUAAAUUAUAGAACAAAUAAAGAUACUCUAGGGUUAUACGGUAA